AUGUCAAAGACAGCAGACAAGGCGGCCGCGCCGCCCCUCGACAUCCCGCUGCAUGUCAAGUACAUCCAAGCUCUGGACGAGGACCUGGCAUACCACCUGACGGCGCACCUGCGCCUGAACGGCGUGUACUGGGGCCUGACGGCCCUGUGCAUUAUGGGCCACAAGGAGGCGCUGGACCGCGACGCUAUGGUUGACUAUGUCAUGGAGUGCUGGGACGAGGAGGCUGGCGCCUUCGGAGCUCAUCCCGGACACGACGCGCAUAUCCAUGCGACGCUGAGUGCGCUGCAGGUGCUCAUCAUGCAAGACGCGCUGGAGCGGUGCGACGUCGAACGGGUCGUGAAGUUCCUCCUCUCGCUCGUGUGGAAGGACGGCUCGGUCGCUGGUGACGAGUUCGGCGAGCGAGAUACCCGCUUUGCGUACAUUCUUGUGUCGGCGCUGAGCCUGCUCGGACGGCUGGACGACCUCGAGGCGCUGUAUGACGGCAAGGGCCGCGAGCUCGUUAUCGACAACUUUGUCCGGAGUAUGAACUACGAUGGCGCUUUCGGCGCUGAGCCGGGAGCGGAGAGUCAUGGUGCGCAAGUCUGGGUCAGCGUCGCCGCGCUCGCGAUGCUGGGCGAGCUCGACCGGAUCGACGGCCACAUGUUGGGCUGGUGGCUCAGCGAGCGGCAGCUUCCGAACGGCGGUCUGAACGGCCGCCCAGAAAAGCUCGAGGACGUGUGCUACUCGUGGUGGAAUCUCGCGGGUCUCGCUAUCAUCGGCAAGCUGCACUGGAUCAAUCGGGACAAGCUCAUCAGCUUCAUCUUGAGUGCUCAGGACGAGGAGGACGGCGGCAUCGCCGACCGACCAGGCGACUGGGUGGACGUGUUCCACACUGUGUUCGGGCUCGCUGGCCUGAGUCUCCUCGGCUACCCCGGCCUGCAGGACAUUGACCCGCUGUACUGCAUGCCAGCCGACGUCAUAGCGGCUCGCGGCCUCAAGAAGCCGUACAAGGCGCUUCCGAGGCUCGAGUCCUGGCCGCCGGCAGCGUCAGCUGAGUCUGCCCAGGCUCAGCCUUUCGCUCGUGUGAACUGGGUUCACCGAGGCUCCCUCUCCGCCAACCGCUCGGACGUCCGUCCCUCUACUUUCGGCGUCCCUGUCUAUCAACUCAACGAAUUUAGUUACUUCGAGGCAAUAGUGUGUAGAAAGGAUUAUACUGAGAUGAUUUGGAUGCGGUUUGUCGAAGCGGCCGCCGAGAUUCGGCUUCCGGAGAAGAUGGGGGUAGAUAGUACUGGAUACAGUGAUGUCUAUGACGGGGCGUUGAGGAUUUGGGGAUUUGGCGUUGGCGGCGUCGAUGAAGGACGACGUGAGACGGUCUCCGCGGCGAGUGCCGGCAAUAGUCAUGGCGAUGAGGAUAGCGAGGCAGACGGAGAGGAGGAUGAAGUUGAUCCAGGCAAAGGCCUCGGCAGCGACGUAGUGCGAGCAGUGGGGCGGGGCGCCGGGCUGGCCGCAGUGGGCGCCGCCGCCCAUCAUGGCGGCGUACGAGGCGGCACCGCACAGCCAGAAGACCCAGGUGAUGGAGAUGUAGAUGAGGUGCGAGAGGACCGAGGCGACGACCGACAUGGCAGACACGAAGAAGGCGACAAUGUACACGAUCGAGGUGAGGAAGGUCCACCAACCGACGAACAUGAGGAAUCGCGUUCGGUCCCGGUAGCUGUUGUUCACGUAGCCCUCGUGUCCGUUGCCCUUCGCGACCAGGUAGGACGUGAUACACGCCACGAUCAGCGAGAAGAGCGAGAUGAUGCCGAGGACAAUCGGCGAUGA